GUCGGUUAUAGCAUUCGGUUCGAAGAAUGUUACAGCCCAGCUAAAACGCGUAUCAAAUACAUGACUGAUGGCAUGUUGUUUCGUGAGACAUUUACCGAUCCAUUACUAACACAAUAUAGUGUUAUUAUGAUCGAUGAAGCACAUGAAAGGAGCCUUUAUACUGAUAUCUUACUGGGAAUUCUUAAAAAAAUCCUGAAAAAGCGACCUGAGUUGAGGAUUAUUGUUUCCUCAGCCACUUUGGACGCGGAAGCAUUUUAUGUAUAUUUUAAUACAAAUACAACAAAUGACUCGACAAAGGACAAUGCAUCCAUAAUAUCUUUGGAAGGCAAAAUGUUUCCAGUCGAUAUACAUUAUAUGAAAACUUCAUGUUCUGAUUACAUGGAAGCUUCGAUACAGACAGUCUUUGAUAUUCAUGUUCAGCAACCUUUAGGAGACAUUCUCAUAUUCCUGACUGGACGCGAUGAAAUCGAAUUCGUUGUUGGAGAAAUUUCACAAAGGGCAACAACAUUGCCGCGUUCGGCAAUGAAAAUAUUGCCAUUGCCCAUUUAUGCAGGUCUUCAGUUAGAACAACAAUUACAAAUUUUUGAACCCACACCAUAUAAUACUCGCAAAGUUAUAGUAGCGACGAACAUCGCCGAGGCUUCCAUAACUCUUGAAGGUAUUGUGUACGUUAUUGAUUGUGGAUUUGUAAAACUGCGAGCCUAUAAUCCGAGAACUGGAAUGGAAAGCCUUGUCGUAACUCCAAUUUCCAAAGCAUCGGCUCAACAAAGAGCUGGGCGUGCAGGAAGAGUUGGGCCUGGUAAAACAUACAGGUUAUAUACCGAAGAUUCGUUUUAUAAAUUAGAGGAUGCAAGCAUCCCAGAGAUACAAAGAAGCAAUCUUGCGCAAGUUGUACUCCAUUUAAAAGCAUUGGGAAUUGAUAACGUGUUAAGGUUUGAUUUCUUGACACCUCCACCUGCGGAGCUAAUGAUACGCUCAUUGGAGUUAUUAUAUUCUUUAAAAGCGUUGGAUGAUCAUGGACGAUUGACAAUGCCUUUAGGAAUGCAGUUGGCAGAAUUUCCAGUUGAUCCAAUGCUUGGCAAAAUUUUAUUAGAUUCAUAUAAAUUUCAAUGUGGUGAAGAAAUGCUCUCUAUAGCUGCAAUGUUAUCUGUUCAG